GUGCUGGUUAAUUAGGCCGAGGUGAAAGGUGUAAACAUGUGCAAAAUGCGCGUGGAUCAGAACCAUACUAUUGUUAACACGAAGAAGAAGAAGAAGAAAAAUGGGUCAAUUAGAUCCAUUUUCAUGCAUGCUGAUAGCCUAGAUUGGUUUUUAAUGGUUUUGGGUGUCUUUGGAGCCAUGGGUGAUGGCUUCACCACCCCUAUCUCGGUGUACAUCAUGAGCGGAAUCGUGAACAAUGUUGGUGGUGUUUUAAAAAUGACACCAAGUACUUUCAUCCACAACGUCAAUAAGUAUUCACUGGCGUUGACAUACUUGGCUUGUGCAUCCUUUUUUGCUUCCUUCCUCGAGGGUUAUUGUUGGACAAGAACAGGUGAAAGACAAGUUGCAAGAAUGAAAGUUAAGUAUUUAAAAGCAGUGCUCAGACAAGAUAUAACAUACUUUGAUUUGCAUGUCACAAGCACGUCCGAGGUUCUCACAUGUGUCUCUAGUGAUAGUUUCGUCAUUCAAGAUGUUCUCAGUGAAAAGGUUCCAAAUUUUUUGAUGAACUUCUUUAGGUUCCUUGGAAGCUACAUAGUGGCUUUUGCUUUGUUUUGGAGAUUGGCCAUUGUGGGGUUCCCUUUUGUGGUUCUUCUUGUGAUCCCUGGUUUGAUUUACGGGAAAACUAUGAUAAGGUUGGCUAGAAAGAUCAGAGAAGAGAGUAACAAGGCUGGUACAAUAGCAGAACAAGCAAUAUCUUCCAUCAGAACUGUUUAUUCCUUCGUGGGGGAAAGCAAGACCAUAAAUGCUUUCUCUGAUGCUCUACAAGGCUCUGUUAAGUUGGGGCUGAGACAAGGCUUAGCUAAAGGUUUAGCCAUUGGAAGCAAAGGUGCUGUGUUUGCUAUAUGGUCUUUCAUGUGCUAUUAUGGAAGUAGAUUGGUCAUGUACCAUGGUGCUAAAGGAGGGACUGUAUUCGCAGUUGGAUCAGUCAUAUGUAUUGGUGGAUCGGCAUUAGGUGCUAGUUUAUCUGAGUUGAAGUACUUCACAGAAGCAUGCGCUGCUGGGGAACGCAUAAUGGAAAUUAUAAAAAGAGUUCCCAAUAUUGAUUCCGAAAAUAUGGCUGGGGAGAUUCUAGAGAGGGUCUCAGGAGAAGUGGAAUUUGAUAAUGUGAAAUUUGUGUAUCCAUCAAGGCCAGACAGUGUUAUUCUGAAUGAUUUCUGCCUAAAGAUUCCAGCAGGGAACACAGUGGCAUUGGUUGGAGGAAGUGGGUCAGGAAAGUCCACUCUGAUUUCACUUUUGCAAAGAUUUUAUGACCCAAUUGAGGGAGAGAUACGUCUUGAUGGUGUGGCUAUUAAUAGGUUGCAACUCAAGUGGUUUAGGUCUCAAAUGGGUUUGGUUAGCCAAGAGCCUACUCUUUUUGCAACUAGCAUUAAGGAGAAUAUACUUUUUGGAAAAGAAGAUGCCAAUGAGGAAGACAUUGUUGAGGCUGCCAAAGCUGCCAAUGCUCACGAUUUCAUUUCGCAGUUGCCACAAGGAUACAAUACCCGGGUUGGAGAGAAAGGAGUUCAAAUAUCAGGGGGGCAAAAACAGAGGAUUGCUAUUGCACGAGCAAUAAUAAAAAAACCCCAAAUCCUUCUUCUAGAUGAGGCAACAAGUGCACUAGACUCCGAAUCAGAACGCAAAGUGCAAGAAGCUCUUGAUAAAAUUGUUCUGGAUCGAACUACCAUUGUCGUAGCUCAUCGCUUAUCCACAAUAAGAGAUGCACAUGUCAUUAUUGUUUUGGAGAAUGGGAAGAUCAUAGAGAUGGGUUCUCAUGGUGAGCUCACACAAAUUGACAAUGGGCUUUACACAUCUCUUGUUCAUUUCCAACAAGUUGAGAAAUCCAAAAAUGACACACUCUUUCACCCUUCUAUUUUAAAUGAAGACAUGCAAAACACAAGUAGUGAUAUUGUAAUUAGUCAUUCUAUUUCUACAAACGCAAUGGCUCAAUUUUCUCUUGUUGAUGAAGAUAAUGCCAAAAUAGCCAAAGAUGAUCAAAAGCUCUCACCUCCUUCAUUUUGGAAAUUGUUAGCAUUGAAUCUGCCUGAGUGGAAACAAGCAUGUUUGGGGUGUUUGAAUGCAACGUUAUUUGGUGCAAUUGAGCCAUUGUAUGCAUUUGCAAUGGGCUCCAUGAUAUCAAUUUUUUUCCUCACAGAUCAUGAUGAGAUUAAAAAGAAAGUUGUUAUCUAUUGUUUAUUUUUUAUGGGAUUGGCUGUGUUUUCAUUGGUUGUUAAUAUCAUCCAACAUUAUAGUUUUGCUUACAUGGGAGAAUACUUGAGCAAAAGGGUGAAAGAAAGCAUGCUUUCCAAGAUACUCAAUUUUGAAGUUGCAUGGUUCGAUCAGGACAAAAAUUCCACCGGUGUGAUUUGCUCUAGACUAACUAAAGAAGCCAAUAUAGUUAGGUCUUUAGUGGGAGAUAGAAUGGCUCUGUUGGUACAAACUAUUUCAGCAGUGGUGAUAGCAUGCACAAUGGGCCUAAUCAUUGCAUGGAGAUUUGCCAUUAUAUUGAUUGUUGUUCAACCUAUUGGCAUUGCAAGUUUCUACACAAGACUUGUACUCCUCAAGGGUAUGUCUAAAAAGGCUAUCAAAGCCCAAGAUGAAACUAGCAAAAUAGCUAUUGAAGCUAUUUCUAACCUUCGAACCAUCACUGCCUUUUCCUCACAAGACCAGGUCAUAAAAAUGUUAAAAAAGGCUCAAGAAGGCCCAAUCCGUGAAAAUAUUAGACAAUCAUGGUUUGCAGGCAUUGGGCUUGGAUGUGCUCGAAGCCUUACAACUUUCACUCGGGCUUUAGAAUAUUGGUAUGGUGGAAAGCUUGUUUUCGAUGGCUAUAUUACUUCAAAACAAUUAUUUCAAACAUGCUUAAUAUUGGCAAAUACAGGUAGGGUCAUAGCAGAUGCUAGUAGCCUUACUAGUGACGUUGCAAAAGGGGCAGAUGCCAUUGGCCUAGUUUUCUCAAUCUUAAACAGAAACACAAAAAUAGAUUCUGAUGAAAUGACUGCAUACAUGCCCCAAAAGUUAAUAGGCCAUAUAGAAUUUCAAGAUGUCUAUUUUGCAUACCCAUCAAGACCCAAUGUGAUGAUUUUCCAAGAAUUCUCAAUCAAAAUUGAUGCAGGUAUAUCCACAGCAGUGGUAGGACAAAGUGGGUCUGGCAAAUCAACUAUAAUGGGCUUAAUAGAGAGGUUUUAUGACCCACUUAAAGGGAUAGUAAUGAUAGAUGGAAGAGACAUAAGGUCAUAUCACCUUAGGUCACUAAGGAACUACAUUUCACUUGUGAGCCAAGAGCCAACACUUUUUAAUGGGACCAUAAGGGAAAACAUUGCAUAUGGAGCAUUUGAUAUGACUAAUGAAGUUGAGAUCAUUGAAGCAGCCAGAAUAGCUAAUGCUCAUGACUUUAUUGCAGGCAUGAAGGACGGUUAUGACACAUGGUGUGGAGAUAGGGGAGUUCAAUUAUCUGGGGGGCAAAAGCAGAGGAUUGCAAUAGCUAGGGCUGUGCUAAAAAACCCAAAAGUGUUGCUUUUGGAUGAGGCUACUAGUGCACUUGAUAGUCAAUCAGAGAAGGUGGUUCAAGAUGCUUUGGAACGAGUGAUGGUAGGAAGGACGAGUGUGGUGGUGGCUCAUAGGUUGAGCACUAUAAAGAAUUGUAAUCGAAUUGUUGUGUUGAACAAAGGGAGGGUGGUAGAAGAAGGGACCCAUUUGUGUUUGUUGUCUAAAGGACCAAGUGGAGUUUACUACUCUAUGGUGAGUCUUCAAAGAAGUGCAACAACCACUAGUGCUAUUGAUAAUGAAUUUUCCAUUAACUAAAUAAACCAAACCAAUGUUGAGAUUAUUAUUUGACCACCUUUUGAUUUUGUAAGAAAAAUAAAGAGAUGAAUACAAAGAUGAUGUUCCAUAACUUAGUUUUAACUUGUAAGUUGUGUGUUAUCUUUCCUACCAUAAAAGUAAUAAAGUUACAUAUUCAUAUCA